AUGCUCAAUGCUGCCGGAUUGGUCUCUCAGGCAUGUUGUGCUGCUGCCAAACCGGUGCACUCGUCUUGUCUGAUCGCGUCUCCUCAUGCUGUGCCUAGGGUCUCGACUGCACUUAUGCCUUACUCAGAAGAUUAUGCCAACCUGAUCACAGUCUUGCCGACAACCAGCCCUUCAUCAGUAACCGUCUCUUUCUGGAGUCGCUUUUUCCGCUAA